CUUAGCAUGACAGAGCAGGGGUAUUGCAAUUGCAGAGAUACGAAGCACAUGGUGUUAUACAAGCGCAUUGGUACAACGCACUGCGUAGGAACCAAGGGGACUCAUUGCCGGAGUGCGUAGACCUUCCUCCCAUAGUACACUGCGGUGGCUGUAGAUGUCGCGGUGAGCACGGCGGGGAUGGGGCCCUUCGCGACGCGCGGAAGUGAGGACAGGAGCAGGAUAGCAGAUGCGCCUGUCGCGGCCUCGAGACCAUUUGGCGUGCCCUUGCGGAUGCUAUCCGCACUCCAGAGGUACAGCGCGCCCACGCUUGCAAUACCGACGUCAGUUGGCUGAGCCAGACGCUGCUCACAGACGAGCGAGACGUACCCAACACCCGCGACCAGCGACGGGAUACUGCGCGUCCUGGCAAAGCCGGUGAUGCCUCCGACGAUGCAGAGGCCGCCCAUCACGUACGCGGGGUAUGCAGACUGUGCAGCCGCGCUCAGCGACCUCGCAGCGGACUCGCGCACACGAAGCACUCACCAUGUUGGACUCUGGUUGGACUGGAUGGGCUGUGGUGGGAAUGGUCGCGGUGGACGCGUGCACAGGCUGCCCCGCACGGCUGCCCCGCAUUAUAAGCCGGCGCGCCAUGUGAUGCGAUCGGCCGAAGCACAGAGGCGGCUAUCUCGCGUCGCGCGCUCCGGACCGCGCAUCUCUCUUCUCCGCGACCUGCAUCUGCUGCGAGCCAUGUCCAGAGACGUCCUCCCCCAGAAGAACGAGCAGUAUGGCACGAAGGAGUACUGGGACCAGAGAUACACUCAGGAGUCUGAGGACGUGUCGUUUGACUGGUUCAAGUCAUACGCGGAUGUGGCGGACAUCCUCCGGGAAUUGAUCCCUGACAAGGGAGCAAGGAUCCUGAUGCUGGGGUGCGGCAACUCGAAGCUUUCAGAAGAGAUGUAUGACGAUGGUUAUAAUAAUAUUGUCAACACCGACUACUCUGCUGUCGUCGUUGAGAAAAUGAAGCACAAACACGCCGAAGCUCGUCCAGAGAUGGAAUGGCAUGAGAUGGACAUCCGAGAUCUCACCUUCGAGUCGGAAUCAUUUGAUGUUGCCAUCGACAAAGGUACCAUGGACGCGAUGAUGACGGCCAAAGGGGAUGUCUGGGAUCCCCCACCCGAAGUCAUCCAAAACUGCAAUCGCGAAGUCGACGAAGUCCUCCGCGUCCUCCGCAAACCAGGCGGCCUCUUCAUCUACCUCACCUUCGGCCAGCCGCACUUCCGCAAACGGUACCUCACCCGCCCGGGCACGAGCCUCGAGGUCCGCGCCCUCGGCGAGGCCUUUCACUACUACCUGUACAUCGUGCGGACUUGAUUAGCAGCCGGACGACGAACG